AUGAAGUUGUGCCCUUCCACUGCCUGCGUGAGUCACCUGUUGGGGGAUGGGAACCGAGGUGACCGAGGGAGUCUCUCAGAGAUGAGGUUUUCCAUGAGCUUGACUCAGGCCUACGUGAGGAGUCUGGCUGGUGAAUUCGUGAGUGAAGCCCUGCUGGUGCCUGAAGGCUGUCGGUUCUUGCACCAGGAGCGUAUGGACCAUUCUGGCAGGAGGCAUCAGGAGGCUCAGGAGGCCUGCAGCUCCCAGGGCCUCAUCCUCCAUGGCUCUGGCAUGCUUUUGCCCUGUGGCUCUGACCGGUUCCGAGGUGUGGAGUAUGUGUGCUGCCCGCCCCCAGCAACUCCCAACCCUUCCCAGAUGGCAGUUGGGGAUCCCUCUACCCGGUCCUGGCCCCUGGGGGGCAGAGCAGAGGAAGGCGAGGAUGAGGAAGAGGUGGGAUCCUUCCCUCAGCCGGUCGAUGAUUACUUCGUGGAGCCCCCUCAGGCUGAAGAAGAGGAGGAGGAGGAGGAGAAAAGGGUCCCACCCCCCAGUUCCCACACUCCUGUCAUGAUCAGCAAAGUCACUCCCACCCCAAGGCCCACUGAUGGUGUGGAUGUUUACUUUGGCAUGCCUGGGGAAAUCAGCGAGCAUGAGGGUUUCCUGAGGGCCAAGAUGGACCUGGAGGAGCGGAGGAUGCGCCAGAUUAAUGAGGUGACCAUACCAGGAAACCCGACAUCACCACAUGACUCCAAAAAUACAGGGGACUGGAACUCACUCUGUAGACCAGGCUGGCCUCGAACUCACAGAGAUCUGACUGCCUCUGCCUCCAAAGCCUCUGUUACCAUCGUCUAUGGCUGGGAAGUUGUCCACCAGCUCCUCGUCGGAAAACUGGAGGAGCUUCUCCACUCGGAACACUUGGGUCCCAGGCCCUCGGGGCCGGGGAGCAGCCGUGAGGACAAGGGUGGGCUUCAGCCUCCAGAAUCCAAGGAUGACUCCCCAGUGACUCUUCCAAAAGGGUCCACAGACCAAGACUUGUCCUCCUCCGGGAAAGAGAAGUUAUCCCCACUGGAGCAGUAUGAGCAAAGGGUGAAUGCAUCUGUCCCAAGGGGCUUUCCCUUCCACUCAUCAGAUAUCCAACGGGAUGAACUGGCACCGGCUGGGACUGGGGUGUCCCGAGAGGCUGUGUCGGGUCUGCUGAUCAUGGGAGCUGGAGGGGGCUCCCUCAUUGUUCUAUCCUUGCUGCUUCUGCGCAAGAAGAAACCCUAUGGGACUAUCAGCCAUGGGGUGGUGGAGGUGGACCACAUGCUGACCCUGGAAGAGCAGCAACUCCGGGAACUUCAGCGGCAUGGCUACGAGAACCCCACCUACCGCUUCCUGGAGGAACGACCCUGACCCCUGUCCCCGGCUGCCUUCAGCUGAGCCCAGACUGCCCCCCUUCCUGGCCCUCAGUCCCAACCCCCAGCCUCCUCCGGUGGGGGAGGGAGAUCUUGGCAAAUUCAUUCUUAUUUCCCUCUCCCGGUUCCAAAUUCCACCCCCACCCCUCCUAGAAAUUCCUAACUGCUGUCCUACAAGGGACCUCCUCACCUUAAUUUAUUUUAUGUUAAUUUAUUGCUCCUUUAAGGUGACAACCACCCGGGUCCCAGUGUAUGUCGCUCCCUGGAAUUCACCAUCCCAAUAAAGUUUCUUCACUAACAUCCCAAUAAAGUCGUCUUUCCCACCA